CCUCUUCCAUUCCUUCACUACACGUCCAACACACACCCGCUCUUCACCAUGAUUAUCUUCAAGGACGUUAUUUCCGGCGACGAGAUCAUCUCCGACUCGUAUGACCUGAAGGAGAUUGACGGCGUUGCCUACGAGGCCGACUGCGCCAGGAUCACAGUUGGAGGCGAGACAUUCGAUACCGGUGCCAACGCGUCCGCUGAGGAGGCCGAGGAGGGUGCCGAGGACUCCCAAGCGACUGUCAUCGAUGUCAUCCACUCUUUCCGCAUGAACGAGACUGGCUUCGACAAGAAGGGCUAUCUUGCUUACCUUAAGGGCUACAUGAAGAAGGUCAAGGCGCAUCUCCAGGAGAAGAACCCGGACCAGGUCGAGGCCUUCGAGAAGGGUGCCCAGGCUUUCGCUAAGAAGAUCAUCGGCAACUUCAAGGACUACGAGUUCUACACUGGCGAGUCCAUGGACCCCGAUGCCAUGGUCAUUCUCCUCAACUACCGCGAGGACGGCACCACUCCCUACAUCACCGUCUGGAAGCACGGGCUUAAGGAGGAGAAGGUCUAAAUAUGGAGACGAGGCGCAUGUGGGGGAAAGCGGGGUUUCAUUGA